GAGUCGAAUGUGAAAAUACUAGAGCUUUAUUUCUCCAAAAUUAUGCUUACUUACCUUCAAAUUAAAAUGAACCGUAUGAGUAUCUGACUCGCAGCUGAUGUAAGUUAGCCACUUGGACGAAUUGUAAGUCGUUUUUGAGGAAAUCUUCUAUUGUUACGCGUGGUCGAAACAAUAAAGGACACUUUUAUGGAAAACACUGUCCCGUCACCUUUGGUCAAGCCUCUUAAAAUCUCUGCUCUGUUCAUUCUGACACGUUUUGCAGCAAGAAAACAGAGCAGACAGCCCAGCCAGUGUAAUGACACAUGCUGAGCAAGUCAAUAUGUCUCAGAGUGUGCGUCACAGUCCCCAAAACCAGCUUCCACUGGUCAGUCCAUCCUCACAGGAGGACCUGUGGCAUCUACCUGGACAGCUCCGAAUAAACCCAUCUCUAUGGGACAAGGAGGAUGUAGCUCACUGGCUCCACUGGGCUCAGAAGGAAUACUCACUGCGACGGCCUGAAAAGGGACGCUUUGAGAUGAACGGCCGAGCCCUCUGCCUGCUCACCAAAGAAGACUUCAGGCGCCGCUGUCCCAGCUCAGGUGAUGUUCUGUAUGAGAUCCUGCAAUGUGUAAAACAGCAAAGGAGGAUUAUGGUCUGUGAUCCUGUGAGCACAUCUUCCCUCUUGGCCAAUGGAAACAUUCAGAGUCCAGUCAGAAGCCAAACUUCCCAUCAGACUGUCAAAGAGCCCAAGUCUCCCACUGUCAGUGACAUCCCAGUUCCCCUUACUUUCACAACUGCAGUGUCUGCAGCUGUUCUAACCAGUGUGACCAGCAAGCCAGAGCCUGUGUCGCCUCUCAGAGAUCAUGCCUCAAUCUUAUACCCAGCUGCAGUCAUGCAGGCCAAUGGCUCAUCAAUGCACCACAAACGAGAUCGGUGUGUUAGCCAAACAGAGAGUAUCAUACAUGAGCCACUCAACUUGUCCAAUCGGGAGAAACCGAGGAGCCCCCUGCACAAAGCCAAUGGCCACAUUCCAGAGUGCAGACUGCUGUGGGACUAUGUGUACCAGCUGCUGUGUGAUGAUCGUUACAAGGAUUACAUCCGAUGGGAAGACCGGGACAGCCUGGUGUUCAGGGUUGUUGACCCCAAUGGACUGGCACAUCUCUGGGGAAACCACAAGGUGAGAGAGGGAAAGAUAGCACAGAUGAAUAGAGACAAUAUGACGUAUGAGAAAAUGUCCCGGGCUCUACGCCACUACUACAAGCUCAACAUCAUUAAAAAAGAGCGAGGGCAGAAACUCCUCUUCAGGUUUCUGAAACUCCCACAGGACAUCAAGAAACAAAAGGUGGACCCUGCAGAGUACCCAGAGUACACCCCACCACAAGAAGAGGACUUAACAGACAGCAGCCCUACGUAUGAUUUCAGUGAGGAGCGUUUUGAAGUUUCUCCUGAUCGUGCCUCUCCACAGCCUCCUCCAUAGAACAAUGGCAUAGAAUUACACACAGCUUUUUUACAGCAGAAAAUUACUAAUGUAAGCACAGGUUUGAAGAAAUACACUAUUAGGUCCACGCUGGGUUAUGUUUUUUUGCAGUGGAUCUGUUUGCUGUGAAUUGAUUCAUGUACCACUGUGAUCAUGGGAACACUAAUUUAAUGUGAAAACUCCAAAGAAUUGCAUUAAUACUUGUAACAACCCAGAAAUGACAAAUGAUUGAGUAAAGUGUAGCAUUUUCAGGCUUGCUAAAAUAAAGGCAAUCGAUGCAGGUUUUGAUAUAUAACAAAAAUAAUAAUAAUUGAGUAUCAGCUGCUAAUCUCAUUGUCAAAUCCACACUUAUGAAACCAAGAUUCUAACAAUAUACUGCUGUAAAAUGUGAUAUUUUACAUAGCUUUGACUGUUUUAUCCAAUUAUAUCAUAACCCAUUGCUUUUUGGUAUAAAAUCAACUUAUAAAUACUUACAAUGCAAUUCUGAAAGUGAUGCAUGUACCUUUAAUCAUUCUUCUAAAGCCUGGUAUACACUGUGCGAUUUUGGGCUGUCCAAGAUGAAAGAUGACCAUUCAUGGUGGUAUCUUUAGUCAUGGCUCCAAAACAGUGGUCCAGAGCAACCCACCCUAAUUUCAGUAUUUUUCUUUUUUUUUUUUUUUUUUUUUUUUUUGUUUUUCGUCUGUUUUAUAAUAUCUAAUGUUGUUUAUAAACAAUGUGGGCAGGAGCAGCAGUAAAAAAAAAUUGUUCAAUUCUUUAUCAGAAAGUAAAACCACUCUGAAUCCUCUUGUUCACUAAAAGCUAUCAAUACUAAUUUCUGAAUAUUUCUGCAACAAUUUCAAAAGUAAUGUUAAUCCACUAAUUAAGUGAAGAGAAAACCUCAUGAUAUAUAAUUAAAAUGAGCAGCUUUCAGUGAUUAUACAUAGCCUUUCUGCUAUGCAAAGAUGGAAAACCCUAGAUAUUGACUAAGUUUGUGAUGAAUGUCAGGUUGUUUCUCAUUGUAAAAUAGAAUUUGGGGUUUAAGAUUUGAUUAAAGGGCUUUAUUAAGGAUUUUUUUAUACCUCAAGGACAAGAGGAACAGAAUAUUAAGACAACUCAAGGCUUAAUAAGUAAAACAAAAGAAGUAAAAUGAAAUAUCUGUCAGCAACUGUCAUACCACAUAUGGGUAACAGCCUACCACUUAAAACAGGAACCUAUACUUACAUAAAGAUAUUCAGCUGUGCAUGUGCAUGUGUUACAUUGUUAGAUUACCAUAAUGAAGUCUUAAUGAGUGAAGAAAAUUGAUGGAUAAAGCCCUGUUGUAGAAUAAAGACGAUUAUUCUUAUUAAAAUGAUUUGGGUUCAACCCGAAACACAAAAUAGACAGUUUAAUAUCUCCAUUGCAUUGAUAUAUAUGUGAUAUAUUUCACAUUCAUUUGGAAAAGCUCAUAUAGAGAGUUUGGAAGACUACAUCCAAGCUAAUUGCUAACACCGAAGCAGCCAUUGGAUACACCUGCAAACCCCACUUCAACGAUCACAAACUCAUGCCAAAGUAGAUCAUAUCAGAGAAGAGCAACAACAUAUUUUCUGUCAUUAAAAUUAAAAUGAGGAUAUGGAUCAAUACGCUGAAAAAAACUGUUGACAAUUAGUUAUCUUUAGGGAAUAUCUAGCAAAACAGAAUGAGCUAUGUAAAUCCUUAAUCAGGAGUCACUAAUUAAUGUACAGAUAUAAAACACCGUACACUGUAAGACCUGAACAGUCAAAGGUUGUAAAACACCAGUUAUGUUAAUUUGAAAAUAUAAGAUAGCUACUUCAGCCCUGUUGUCAGAGUUCAUAGAAUGCGUUUUUAGUUUUGAAUGAACAGUACUCGAUCACUGAAUUUGUUUUCGCCAUUCUAUUCAAUCUCCAUAUUUUUCCCAGAGUGCCUUUGGGCAUGAGGUACUUUUGCACCAUGAGUGAAGUUGCCCUCUCAGUUAGUGAAAUCCUGCUGUGUGGCCAGCAACCUGUACACAGCAAGGAUGAUGUAAUGACCUCCAUGGAAGAGCACUCUGUGGGUCAAAGGGUACCUUUCAGUCUUUGGUAUCUACAGUCAGUCUAAUAAGCUUACAUGAUUAUUUAAAAUUAUGAUGUGAAAGACAGGGGUAAACUGAGGUCUUUUUUAAAGUCUAACUCAAAUAAAUGUGUGCCAAUUUCUUGAAAGUUUAACGUAAUCAGUUACAAGAAUAUUUUGAGUUUUUGUUUGGUUUUACAGUGAACAACAGGUCUUGCAGGUGAGCAGUCAACAUUUCUUGGUUUUUUGUUUGUUUGUUUUGUUUUGUUUGUUUUUUCUUAAUUUUCUCUUGUUUUCAUGAAAAAUGUUGCUAAGGGAUUAAAUACCAGUUUGUGCAGUUUAUGCAGUCCAUAUCACAAAAUGCUUUUAUUGAUAACCGUAAGGUGAGGUAUGAUAAGGGAAAAUUCAUCUAUACUGUGGUAUUAUA